CAAAAAUUGAGUUUUAAGAAUGUAGGCACAAAAAGUGGCGUUCUUGAAUUUUUUCACAGUGCUACGCAAUUAAUUUCAUUUCGGGAAUAUAUAAAAAUUAAAUUAAAAAAAAAUAUGGAAGGCGUUGCCUUAAUAUUAUCGACAAUUUGCUUCAAUUCCACAUUUUGCCAAGAACCGCCAAUCGUACCCCAAGUUAAUUUUGUUGAGUUUUAUAAGGGUGAGGUUUUUUCGAGUAAUAUCCAAAUUGCGAUGCUUGAGAAGCAAAAGAAGAUGGAUAAAAUUGCGAGAGAUCUGAAGGGACAAACGUUGACGAUAACAACUAUAGAGGACUAUCCGUUGUCUUAUAUAGAACGUGUUAAUGACAAGCUAGUGUUGCGGGGACGAGCAUUUGAUUUUCUAGAAAUUUUGAUGAAGAAAUUCGAGUUUAAAUACGAACUUGUUCUGCCAAAUUUCAAUAUUGCUGGAAGCUCAAAUGACUCGACUGGAUCAAUUAUGGAAAUGCUUGUUCAGAAGAAAGUGGACAUGGCUGUAGCUUUUAUCCCAUAUAUGGCUGAUUUACUGAGCCAUAUUGAGUUUUCAACACCACUAGAUGAAGGCGAAUGGAGAAUGAUCAUGCUGAGACCACAGGAAUCAGCCUCUGGUGCAGGUCUUUUGGCUCCGUUUGACGAAAUAGUUUGGUAUUUGAUUCUGGUUUCCUUGAUUGUUACUGGACCGAUCAUAUUCUGCAUUGUGUGGCUUUAUUGUCGAUUUGCCAAGGAUGAUGAGGAACAAAAGUAUUAUACACUAUCUCAGUGUGUCUGGUAUGUCUACGGUGCAUUAAUGAAGCAAGGAUCAACAUUAACGCCAACAUCAGACUCAAUUCGAGUUGUCUUUGCAACAUGGUGGAUGUUUAUUACAAUCUUAACGAGUUUCUACACGGCAAAUUUGACUGCUUUCUUGACACUCUCAAGAUUCACAUUGGACAUUAAUGAGCCAAAAGAUUUGUUGAACAAACGACAUCAGUUUAUUGGCCUUCGUGGAAGUGCUGUGGAUUAUGCUAUACGCAAUUCAAAUGAGGAGCUUGACUUCUUAAUGCCAAUGGUUGAAAAGAGUUUGGGGAUUUUCUCGAACAAAAAUAAUGACACUGAUAUUCUGUUAAAUCAGAUAAUGAAGAAGGACUAUGUCUUUAUUCGUGACAAGCCAGCAAUUGAUCAUCUGGUAUAUAAUGAUUGGAGAAAGCGCAAAACCAUGCCAUCCGAGAGGCUUCAAUGUCCAUUCGCAUUGUCAAAGCUUUCAUCGCUGAGACGAAAGAGAGGAUUUGCAUUCCCAAUUGGAUCUAAGUGGCGUCCUCUGUUUGAUGAAGUGCUAAUUCACGCAGUUGAGAGUGGAAUUGUUAAGCAUAGACUCAGUUAUGGCUUACCAAAAGCUGAAAUUUGUCCACAGAAUCUUGGAUCGUUGGAGAGACAACUUCGUCUAAAUGAUUUGGCUACAACUUACUUAACCAUGCUUGUUGGAUUUGUUACAGCACUGGUCGUGUUUGUAUCUGAAAUAAUUAUGAGAUACUUCUACAAGAGAAAGGCACGUUUGGUUCGUGAUGAAGGUCCAAGGAGAAUUCAAGUACAGCCAAAGAAGUCACGACAUAAGCAAGUUUACCCGGAGACUAAGCAAUCACCCCCACCAAAUUACAACGAUGCAAUCAAGACAAUUUCAAGCUUGCAGCCAAGCACAAGCAAUCAAAAGUCAAAUGUUGACUCGUACAGGACAUUUAAUGGACGUACUUAUGCGGUUGUUAAGACAGAUGGGGGAACUCAGCUAGUUCCAAUGAGAGCACCAUCGGCAGCUUUAUUCAACUAUCAAUAUACAUAUAGCAACUACUAAUAUGUGACUUGAGACAAUUAAUUUUGAUCAAAAACAUGAAACUGCUUAGCAGUUCAAUGUCAUAGAUUCAGGGAAGGCUUUAAAGCCUCAAAAACCUUUGUUUGUUGUGUGUUUAGGACUUUUAGGAAGUUUUGAGUGAUCAGCACAGACAGAAAACAAAUUGUUGUUAUUUUCAUUGAAAAUAAAUGUAUUUGUGAAGAAAAAAAAGGCUUAAUGUCUAAUUCAUAUAAAAUUUCAGCAUUAAAAAGGUGUCGGAAGUUUCUUUAUCUCUUCCUUAACUUCAUCAAAUAGCUCUUUGUAGUCUGGAUUUUUACGAAUCAUGAGAACAAUGGAUCCACGCUUAACGCCCAUAGCUGUUCCUAAAUCCUGUCGACUUGGUGUGUAGCAAUAUUGGAUAUCUUUUUCCUCACAAACAGCUGGAAGAUGGCAAACGAUGUCAAGUGGAAAGACAUCACCAGCAAAAAUUGCAAUUCCACGUUCACCUUUUCGGAUUCUUGUCUGUACAUCCUUCAAUCCAUUAAUGAUAUUCUUUGUACGCUCUUUUGAUGCCUUUUUAAUAAGCUUGUAAACCUUUUUAGCCAACUUCUUUGAUGCCAAUGGAUUUGAAAUUUUAUUGAUGUUGAGAAUCUUUUCGUCUGUAAGUUUAUUUAUCAGUUAUAAGCUCAAAUUGAUGCUUAUUGUUUCGUUUCUUACCGUAAUUGUCUUCCAAUUUGACUUUGCUUGUAUCUGCGUCACCUUUCAUGGCUUAAAACUGUUAAUUAUUGUACUUUAUAGCUUAAAAUAAUAAAUCGGCUUCAAACGCACGUUGUUUAUAUUUAC